AUGUCGACUGUGGAUGAUGCACCAAUCAACCCGAUUCUGGGGUAUAUCCAGAAGCUGACCGAGGCCAAGAAGGGCCUACCCUUCGGGCAACCAGUGGCCGUCUUGACUUCCCACACCGUCACCGACUCUGCAACUUUAUUCCGCUUGGUCUCCGAAAUUGGCCCUCACAUCGCCGUUCUCAAAGUUCAAGCGGAUGUGAUCGACGAUUGGUCCGACGAGGUCAUUGAUCAAUUGAUCUACGCUGCUAAGAAACAUGGGUUUAUUCUGUGGGAAGGCAGCCGUAUCCUGAAUUCUACCGUCAAUCUCAUGGGCCGCGGGCGGGCCAACUUGGCAACACGGAAGACUAUCGCGGACCUAGCCAAAGGGAGAUAUGUAAACGGAAUCUACAAGCCCGCAAGCUGGGCUAACUUGGCGACUGCAUGGGCUCCUGGAGUUGCAUUGGACGAGCAGGAACAGGACGUCUUGCUCCCAACCCUGCGGAAGGCAGCUCGGGAAGCUGUCGCGACCACCGUCAAGACCAUUGAAACCGAAAUUUCGGUCGCAGAGAGCCGCGACUCUCUCGAACAAGAGGAGACCCCCACAUUUCAACCAAAUGAAAGUGGCUGGCAUGAGUUCGCCACGGAUCUAGGCUGCGCACUGAGGAAGUCAUCCACCAUUUCCGUUACUGAAAGUGUCACCCAGCAACCCCAUGUUGAGACGGAUGACGGUCUCCCAGCUCCACCAAUCCUAAAUCGAGGCAUGGCAAUCUGUCUUCCAAGUGAUGUCGACAUGGUAUUCACAUUGGAAUUCCGACAGGGCACAAUAGCGGCUGCUUGUGCCAACCAAGACUUUGUGGCCGGUUUGGUGACAAGUGAACCAUUAUUCUGCGACUACCAUGGAAACAAUUUGAUUGAUUUAGCCAUCCCGGAGGGAGGCGAGAUGUCGGACGAGAUGGCGCGCAAUCUCCAGGCUUACUCGCCAUACUUGGAGCGAAACCAUUCGAUUGGUUUGUUCUCACUGGUACCUCCUGAAUAUGCAUAUGCAUUUGACACGGAUCCCGUGCAUGCCAUUCAAGCCGAGUCCUCCCCCGAACGACAGCCUCAGAGUGUCGCCAAAUUGGAAUAUAUUAUCGGCAGGGCAUUGAAACGACGUGAUGCGAAUCGCAAAGAAAACGAAGUCAAUCAAAAACCUACAAAUAUUCCCAAGGGCCCCACAGUCCUUCAGUGUCCCGUCGUCAUACUGCCUUGA